GAAGCUGAGCUCAGGAUAACAGCGCCCGUCUGCGGACAGCCUCGACUGCUCCCCACAUCACUGAGCAGAAUCAGCGGAGAGGGAGAGCAGCAGGUCUCCGACAUGGCUAAAGAAGGAGCAGACAUGACAGAGGAAACCGAGUAUAUGAUAGACAGAAACGCGGGCAAAGAGGCGGCCAGCGUGGAAUCGCCUUCCAACGCCAAAGAAAUGCGAGCGGUGGUCCUGGCAGGUUUCGGAGGUCUGAACAAACUCCGGGUUACCAGGAAGGCAAUGCCAGAGCCCCAGGAUGGUGAAGUGAAGAUCCGCGUCAAAGCAUGUGGCUUGAAUUUCCUGGAUUUGAUGGUACGUCAGGGGAACAUUGAUAAUCCUCCAAAAACUCCCCUUGUUCCUGGAUUUGAGUGCUGUGGAAUAGUGGAGUCUGUGGGCGAAAACACGCAGGGAUUUGAGAUAGGUGACAGAGUUAUGGCGUUUAUGAACUACAACGCCUGGGCCGAGGUGGUUUGCACACCGGUGGAUUUUGUUUACAAGAUGCCAGAUGAAAUGAUGUUUGCAGAGGCGGCAGCGUUCUCCCUGAACUUUGUGGCCGCCUAUAUGAUGCUCUUUGAAGUCGCCAGCCUGCGGGAAGGAAUGUCGGUGCUGGUCCACUCAGCUGGGGGUGCAGUGGGACAAGCUGUGGCUCAGUUAUGCUCCACUGUGCCUAACGUAACUGUGUUCGGGAUCGCCUCCUGCUUCAAACACGCUUCCAUCAAAGACUCCGUGACGCACCUCUUUGACAGAAACACGGACUACAUCCAAGAAGUCAAAAAGAUCUCUCCAGAUGGAGUUGACAUUGUGCUGGACUGCCUGUGUGGAGAAAACACAGGGAAAAGUCUGAGUCUACUCAAGCCGCUGGGAACCUACAUCCUCUACGGCGCAUCCAACAUGGUAACUGGGGAAACAAAGAGCUUCUUCAGUUUUGCGAAAUCUUGGUGGCAGGUGGAAAAGGUGAACCCGAUUAAACUUUAUGAGGAGAACAAAGUCAUCGCGGGAUUCUCUCUCCUCAACCUUCUCUUCAAACAAGGAGGAUGUAAUCUAGUAAAAUCAGUGAUGGACAAACUCUUGAGUCUCUAUAAACAGAAGAAGAUCCGGCCUCUAGUGGACUCCCUGUGGGCGCUGGAGGAGGUGAAAGAGGCCAUGCAGAGAAUUCAUGACAGAGGCAAUAUUGGAAAACUUAUCCUGGACGUUGAGAAGUCUCCCACCCCUUUGAUGGCCAACGACAGCACAGAGACCAGCGAAGCAGGAGAGGAAGAGGAGGAGGCCGAAGGAGAUAAUGACAGCAAGGAACGGAUGCCUUUCAUACAUUAGGAUCGAAGUAAGCCACUGCUGUUGACCUAGAGACUGCACAGAUAUACUACGGAGGAACCCAACCAGUGUGCAUAUAUGUCUGCAUGUCCUGUGUGCAUGUAUGCAUAAAUGUAUGGAUGUCUUUGUGCUUUUUUUGUCUGUUACCUAUUACUUGUUAGUAGAUGGGGAAAAGAAGAAAUAUAACCUGUUUGUAGUGCUGGAGCCAGUAUCUUACUUUUUGCUGUAUAAUGAUGUAAUGCCAGUAUUUUUUGCGCGUUUUAUAAAUUAUAAGUCAGCCAACAGUAUGCUGAAUUAAGAAACAAGAGUGCGGAAGCAUGGAAACCUGCUGAAACGGUCAUAUUUCUGCUAAGCACGGCAUAUUUAGUAACAUUUUUCAGUUGAUGAAACAACUGAAACACGUAUAUCUUUUUGUUUUAAUGCUGACCGAGGAUGCACAGUGGUAUAGACACUCCUGUCUGAAGUCCAGGUUCGUGUGACGCAAAAUACGAGAUCACAAUAAACCUUUUCAAAACUUUUUUUUUCCAUAUGUCCCGUUCCCUUCGACUGGGAAACAAGCAAAUUUGCGAGGGGGAAAUUAAAAAAAAUAUAUAUGGCUACAAUAACUGGCAAAUCUGCACACCCGCACGCUAAUACUGAGUUGAGCACCUUUUGAAUUUUAUUG